AUGGCACAUAAAAGAACGAAAAAUCAACUUCGACGGGAGAAAUUAAAGAAGAAAAAGAUAGAAGAGUCAAGUAAAGACGAAAUAAGUGAAAAUAAGAAAGAUAUCAAUGACAAGACUAAGCCGGAAUUGAAAGAAUCAACCACAAUUAUAGAGAUAGAUGAAAAUGAGAAUCUACUAAAAGAAUUUGAAUCAGUCAUCAACAAAUUCAAUAUACCGAAAAUAGAUCCCAAGGAACAAGCAUUGGAGGUAGUUUCGAAUGAAAAUGUUGUACCUUUACCAUCGUCAUCAAGUUCAGAAUCGUCAGAUGAAUCGUCAGAUGAAUUAUCAAAUGAAGAAUCACAAUCAAAUAAACUUUCCAAAAGACAGCUACGAAUUCGAAAUAAAAUUCCCCUAUCAUCAUUAAAAUUGUCAACUCACAAACCAGAACUGGUGGAAUGGUAUGAUGUUGAUGCUCAAGACCCAUAUUUCUUGGUUUAUCUUAAAACUCGACCAAAUACAAUCCCUGUACCAUCUCAUUGGAGUUCAAAAAGAGACUAUUUAUCUUCCAAAAGAGGAAUUGAACGACCUCCUUUUAAAUUACCAAAAUUUAUUAGAGACACAGGGAUAGAAGAAAUGAGACAAGUUAUAAAUCCUGAAGAUAAAACAAUGAAACAACAACAAAGAGAUAAAUUUCAAGUUAAAUUAGGUAAAUUAGAUAUUGAUUAUAAUAAAUUAUACGCUGCAUUUUUCAAACAUCAACAAAAACCUAGAACUUCAAAAUUUGGAGAAUUAUAUGAAGAAGGUAAAGAAUUGAUUGAUGAAAUGAGUUUAGAAAUUCGGAAAUAUAAACCCGGUGUUGUAUCAAAUGAAUUAAGAAAAGCUUUAGGAAUGACUGAUGAUACUAAAAUUAAACCCGCAUGGAUCACUAUAAUGGAAGAUAUUGGGAAACCACCAUCUUACAAAGAAUUAAUUAUACCAGGAUUAGAUGAACCAUAUAGUAAUACAGGGUAUAAAGAUAAAUAUGCUAAUACUGAUGUCAAAUAUGAACAUUUUGGUAAGAUACGAACAUUAAUUGAUUCCGAAAGUGAUGAUGAUGAUGAUGAUGAUGAUGAUGAUGAUGAUGAUGAUGAUGAUGAUGAGGAUGAGAAUGAGGAGGAUGAGGAUUUAGAAGAAGAUGAUGAUGAUGAUAAAUUGGAAGUAGAUGAUGAUGACCGUGGUGAAAAAGUGGAUGGGAAGUUGGAGACUAAAGUGGAUCCGUCAAUACCAACUCAGGUAUCUACCAUUGAAUUAGUGUCUGGUUUACAAUAA